AUGUCCUGUUUACUCAGUGGUCACUUGGGGCUUACUUUCGAGUAAGUGUGGCAGGGUCGAGGAACCAAGCAAGGUUACGGGAAAGCUCAGCCGUGCUGUCAUUUCGAUCCAUUUGGCGGCGGAGAGGGAUCAGUCAGAGGACACGCAUCGGGGGCUGCCGGGAACAGUUCCCACGUCUGGGCAGACGACUUUCCCGGGCGGGAGAGGCGUUGUCACCAUUCCGUUGCCCGGGGGCACCAUGCACGACAGCGCGCAUCGAGCCGUCGGGGUGAUUUCCUGCUGGCACAUUGGGGGGGGGGGCGACAGAGGGGCGCCACAUCCUCGCUACUGGACCUAGAGUGGGCUGGCAGGGACUGGAAGGCAAAGACUUCCGAGGGAAGGUUUCUCACUGGAUGCUUUGAAAUUCCUGCCUUGCUGGGGGGGGGUUGGACUAGAUGCCUCCUGGUGUCCCCUUUCAACACUAGGGUUGGGCAUUCAGAAAAACCCCACCUGCCUUAUCGCCCCGCUUCCCGGGGGCCACGUGCUGCCCCUGCCAGCUCGGGCAUGCCCUCCCGAGGAGCGGGGGGCGGGGAGGCGGGCCCGCCCCGUCCAGCCCUGGGGCGCGUAGUUUUCUCCGCCGCGGCCGCCGCAGCCCAGCCAGGCGAGGGGACUACACUUCCCGGCGUGCCGCGCGGCUCGACGCCAGCUAUAAAAGGCCGCCCCGGACACGUUGCCUUCGGAGAGCGCGGUGCGGAUCAGUUCGAGGGCUGCAGACAGUUGAAGGUAGCGCGGAGAAAGAGGGGCGGUGGCCGGAGCUUUGUGUCCGGGGCUGUGCCGUCGAGGGGCGCGUGGCGGGCGGGGGGGUUGCAAAGCCCGGGGAGGGGGCGCUCCUUGCUUUGAUCUUCCUGGGCGCGGGUGGGAUCCCUUGGGGCGGGCGCGUUAUGGCGAGGGAGGGGGGCGGCAUGCGCAUGCUUCCGAAAUGCUUGGCCGACGGGGACCUGGAUGGAUGCACGGGGGAUUAAGCAUCUCCCUUGCUCCUGCGAGGUGCAGGAUCCCGUGGGUGUGUCCGGCGAAUUCGGUGCAUGCCAAAUUCGGUGCAUGCCUGUUUUGCAGUUUGGGUUGGGACCCCAUCGCGGUAAACGAUGGUUUGGGGGCCAUCGAACACUUGCGCUGCUGUUUGGAGGGAGAGAAACCCGAGCUCGCGUUCAGACGACCAAACUGACUCGCAUCAGCUGUCGGGCAACGGGAGCAGCCAGGGAGGAGGAACGGUGCAGAACUUUCGAACAACACGCACCUUGAACAAUAGGUUUCCUUGAAAAAAAAAAUCUCCAGUAUGUUGCUUCCUGCCUGAUAACGCUUGUAAUAGUACGAUGACUUAACUAUGUCAAUAGUAAGGGGAGAGAUAUUGUGUUGCACAGUACAUAAUGGCUUUUUCCACCUGCCUUGCCCCACCCUCCAGGCCUAGGAGCCUUCACAGAAUCAUAGGGUUGGAAGGGACCCAGGGGUCAUCUAGUCCAACCCCCUGCAAUGCAGGUAUCGCAACUAAAGCAUCCAUGACAGGUGGCCGCACAACUCUGCUUUAAAACCUCCUAGGAGAGGUCUACAACCUCUCAGAGAGUCUGUUCCACUAGCAAACAGCUCUUACUGUCAGAAAGUUCUGAUGUCCUUUCUUGUCACUUGAAGCCCUUGGUGCGAGUCCUGCCCUCCAGAGCAGGAAAAAGAGAGCCGUUUCCAGUGGAAAAAAACUGAGGGGGGAGAGACUCUGUUUGCCUUUGUGGGUGUUUGAUUUCACCUGUGCUGCCCCUCCUUCAAAAGGGAGUUGCUACCUUGGCAGGGCACUGAGUUUAUGUGUAUUUUAUCGAGCUCAAUAGAACGAAAUAUGAGUCAUAGGGGCAUGGAGAGUGUAUGUAUUGACUUAACAGUACUUAGUCUUAAUUAAUUCUAACAUUGCUUUAUAGAUUAUAAAUGCUGUCUCAAUUUGUUCAUUACAUAUGUUCUAUUACAUUUAUCAUGCUGGUUAUUUGUAAGCCACUUUGGGAUUCCUUUGAAUGAAAAACAGCAAAUAAAAAACGUUUUGUGCAAGGCUGCCGCUGGCAGCCGGAGCGACAAGGGCACAAGGCUAUUAAAUAUAGGGGCUUUGUGGACCAGCUGCAGCCUCACACCGUGGCUGGCAAAAAACCAGCUGCACCAAUAUAAGAUGGGGGGGCACACCUUACGGUACGCAUGAAAAGGAUCUAGGGUUUUAGCGGACCACAAGCUUAACAUGUGCCAGCAGUGUGAUGCAGCAGCAAAAAAAGCAAAUGCUGCAUCAACAGAAGUAUAAUUUCCAGAUCAAGGGAAGUAAUAUUGCUGCUCUAUUCGGCACACCUGGAAUGCUGUGUCCAGUUCUGGGCGCCACAAUUUAAAAAGGAUGUUGACAAGCUGGAACAUGUGCAGAGGAGGGCAACCAAGAUGAUCAAGUGAGGAACAGUUGAAGGAGCAGUUUAUGUUUCGCCUGAGGGUUGAAGGGGAGAUUGAGAGGAGAUAGGACACCCAUCUUCAAAUAUCUCAAGGGCUGUCAUGUGGAAGAGGGAACAAGCUUGUUUUCUCCUGCUCUGGAGGGUAGGACUCGAAGCAGUGGCUCCAUGCUCCAUGAAAGGAUAUUCCUAAACAUCAGGAAGAACUUUCUGACAGCGAGAGCUGCUUGACAGUGGAACGAACUCCCUUGGGCUCUGCCUCCUUGGAGGUUUUUAAGCAGAGGUUGGGUGGUCGUCUGUACGAUCUAGUUGAGAUUUGUGGACUGUGAGGAGUUGGACUCUAGGGGUCCCUUCCAACUCUACAAUUCUAUGAUUUCAAAUUAUGUUGGAUGUUUUAUGCCCUUUAAGAACAAAUGUGCCGGGUGUUUGCGUGCACUAGUGCAUGUCUUAUCUAAAUGGGGGGUGCCAAGCCCAAGGGUCAGCAAACUUUUUCAGCAGGGGGCCGGUCCACUGUCCCUCAGACCUUGUGGGGGGGCCAGACUAGAUUUUGAAAAGGAAAACUGAACGAAUUCCUAUGCCCCACAAAUAACCCAGAGAUGCAUUUUAAAUACAGUGGUACCUCGGGUUACAUAGGCUUCAGGUUACAUAUGCUUCAGGUUACAGACUCCGCUAACCCAGAAAUACUACCUCAGGCUAAGAACUUUGCUUCAAGAUGAGAACAGAAAUUGCGCGGCGGCAGCGGGAGGCCCCAUUAGCUAAAGUGGUGCUUCAGGUUAAGAACAGUUUCAGGUUAAGAACGGACCUCUGGAAUAAAUUAAGUUCUUAACCUGAGGUACCACUUUAAAGGCACAUAUUCUACUCAUGUAAAAACACCAGGCAGGCCCCACAAAUAACCCAGAGAUGCAUUUUAAAUAAAAGGACACGUUCUACUCAUGUAAAAACACUCUGAUUCCCAGACCGUCUGCGGGCUGGAUUUAGAAGGCAAUUGGGCUGGAUCUGGCCCCCGGGCCUUAGUUUGCCUACCCCUGCCCAAGCCUUUGACCCGGGUGAAAUAAAGCCUAGGUUUUUGUGUGUGUGUGUGUGUGUGUGUGUGUGUGUGUGUAGUGGGGGGUUGCCUUUCCCUCUGCUGUUUGGGUGCUGCCUCUCCCCCCACCCCACCCUUAACGGAAGUGUCUGUGCUUUCUUGCAGUUCUCAAGUUGUCGUCUCGCUUCCCUGUGGCCAAGAUGUGUGACAAACCCGACCUCUCCGAAGUGGAGAAGUUUGAUAAGAAGAAGCUCAAGAAAACCAACACGGAGGAGAAGAACACGCUUCCUUCGCAGGAGAGUAAGUGUUUCCUGGGACGGAGCCUUCCCUGGGACUCUGGUUUCCCUAAGCUCUGCAACUUGGGGAAGGGCAAACUUGACCCACGGCUUGGCGGGGCAGCUGGUUGCAGCUUCAAGCAAGAGCCCACGCAGCUCGCCCAGUUCACUGGCAUCUCCGGGGGGUGGGCAAGAGAGGUCCCUGCCUGAAACCACGGAGAGUGUAGGCAAUACUGAACAGGGUCUGACCAGAGUCUGGUGCUGCUAGGAAAGCCCAGGGCAGACUGGUGCUGCUUGAAAGUCCCACAGAAACGCCUUGACUUCCUGACCCUUGGCCGGGCUUGUUCUGCAUUCAGCGGCCCCACCCCUGGGAUUGGCGCUCCGGAUAAAACUGGAUUCCUCUUUCCUCUACUUCUGGUUCCUGGCAAGGAAGGAGGAGUAUCCUGUGGCAGCAGAGGGGCUGCUGCUGCUGCUACUGCUUUCUGUCGACAUCAUCCAACAGGAAUCUGGGCUGAGCUGAGCAUGUCUGGGCAUCUCAGGGCCCCACCUGAAAAAGAGUUUUUGCACUCGGCUGGCUGGCUGAGUGAGGCCUCCAUGCCCCCGAAGACCCACUUUUUAUUAGUAGUAGUGUUUUUUAAAAGGAAUUUCAGGUAUUCGAAAUAAGUGAUGAAAGAAAAUGGGGCUGGGGGAGUACAAAUGAUACAAUAAGAAAUGUAUAGUGUAAUUCAGGGGUCAGCAGACUUUUUCAGCAGGGGGCCGGUCCACUGUCCCUCAGACCUUGUGGGGGGCCGGACUAUACUGUAUUUUGAAAAAAAAAUAUAUGAACGAAUUCCUAUGCCCCACAAAUAACCCAGAGAUGCAUUUUAAAUAAUAGCACACAUUCUACUCAUGUAAAAACACCAGGCAGGCCCCACAAAUAACCCAAAUAAAAGGCCACAUUCUACUCACACUGAUUCCCGGACUGUCCACGGGCUGGAUUUAGAAGGCAAUUGGGCCAGAUCUGGCCCCCGGGCCUUAGUUUGCCUACCCAUGGUAUAAUCCAAUGUGUAGAAUCGGUUACAUUUCAAUACAUUAUUAUAUAAUAAUGUCCUAAUACGUACAUGAUUAUUAGUAACACAUUAUAUGCUGUAUAAGCUCGUACCAAAUGUCAAUAUAUUCAUCCAAAGUCUACAUCUAUAAGCAAUCCAUUCAUAUGUUUGAAACACAGGUAUAUAAACUGCAGUUGCGAUAUAAGGGAUUGAUAUUUGGACUGGAGCAUAAUUGAAAUGAGUAAGAUUUUGGAAUGCAGAAACAAAGAAAAUGAUCAAGCCAUUAAUACUAGCAUGUGGGGGAGGUACCUAAAUUGUAUAAGUUAGCAUCACAGUGAUUAGUAUUAUUAAUUGUAUUAUAAUUUCGCAUUGUUAUAAUGAGGCUAUUAUUGGAUUGUUGUAAUUGAAAACUAAUAAAAAUUAUUAUCAAGGUUAAUAAUCUAGUUUACGGUCGCCCCAAUGUCUAGGUGCCAUUUUCCCCGCCUAGAGGAGUUUCAUUACUAUUAUUCAUUUCACUUCCGUACUGCUUUAUAAUUUUAAGAAAAAAAUCGCCGAACCAUAUUUAUUUACCUACUUAACUUACAAAGCUGCCCCAUAGCAGAAGUACUCUAGGAAGCCAGUGUGGUGGAGUGGUUAUCGAGUGGGAGAUCAGGGUUCAAGUCCCCACUCAGUCAUGAAGCUCACAGCCUCUUAAGGAAUCUCCAUGUAGUCGCAAUUGGACCCAUUCCAGUCGCAAAACACGCCUGGGUAAUGUUUAAUACUUGCCAGAGCCCUAAUAGUUCCUCCUUCUCUUUCAGCCAUCGAACAGGAGAAGGAAUCUGCGAAGUGCUCAUAGAGAAGGCCUCUCCGCAUGGAAACAUCCACGUUCUUCCUCCCUUUUUUUAAUUGAGUGAGGUGUUUUUGUAAUAUGAUGAUGUCUGUUGUGUAUAUUGAGCAACGCAACCUCCUCUUUAGCUGCUUCGGGGGGCCUUGAAGACCUGCCCCCUCCCCAUUUCUUCCUGGGCCGCUUCCUGUUUUGGGGCUGCCAAAGGGGUGGGCAAAGGAUGCCAAGAAAGAAAAGAGUUCAGGGGCUCACGGGCCCCCCCCGCAAACCCCUCUCCUUCCUCUUCCCACACGCAGCAGCUCCACAAAGUGCCACUGCCUCAAACCUCUUUCAGCAGCUUUCCUCAAUUUGUUUUUCCUACAAAUGAAAUGGAGAAAUACCUGUGAAAAAUAAAUGAACAUGAACUCCUUCAA